AUGGCUAUGGCCUCUGCUUCUGGUUCUGCUCUUUGCUUCACUGAUGCUUCUACUUCUCGCGCCAUCAGACGCGAGUUUGGAGCUUUAUGUGUUGCUCCUAGGAAAGCUACGUUUGGAUUUGUCGAUAAAUCUCUUAUGAAUCUCAACCGAUUAAGAUUAUCCGGUUUGAAGCCUCGAGCAUCAAAUGCUACUGCUGUGGAGAGUGGAAAGCAAGAUGGAAGCGCGGCUGAUUCUGAUAAAGUACCAACUCCAGUGGUGAUAAUCGACCAAGAUUCUGACCCUGAUGCUACCGUUCUCGAAGUUACAUUUGGAGAUCGUCUUGGAGCUCUACUUGACACUAUGAAUGCGCUCAAAAACUUGGGACUGAAUGUCGUAAAGGCAAAUGUUUACCUUGAUUCUUCGGGCAAACACAACAAAUUCGCCAUUACUAGAGCGGAUAAUGGAAGAAAAGUAGAAGACCCUGAAUUGCUCGAGGCCAUUCGUCUCACAGUCAUAAACAAUCUGCUUGAGUUUCAUCCUGAAUCAAGUUCUCAAUUGGCAAUGGGAGCAGCUUUUGGUGUUCUUCCCCCAACUGAACAGGUUGAUGUGGACAUAGCAACUCAUGUAAACAUUGCAGAUGAUGGACAAGACCGCAGUUUACUCUACAUAGAAACAGCGGAUAGGCCUGGACUAUUAGUCGAGCUGGUCAAGAUCAUUACAGAUAUCAGCGUCGCCGUCGAAUCUGGAGAAUUCGACACCGAGGGUUUGUUGGCUAAGGUAAAGUUCCACGUAAGCUACAGAAACAAAGCCCUAAUCAAGCCUCUCCAGCAGGUUCUUGUUAAUAGUCUGAGGUACUUCUUGAGGCGUCCAGCAACUGACGAGUCAAGUUUCUGA